UGUUCUUUCUUUAUUUAUGUUUAUUGCGCACCUGUUUUUUGCUGCGGGCUUGCUUUUGGAGCGGAAGUAGUAAAAACAGACAAAAAGACCAAAAAUGAUUAUUGCUCAGAUUAUCAUUUCAUGACAGUAUGGAAUAACUGAAAUGAAACAACUUGCAUAAAACAUCUGGAUUGUACUUAACAGUUGUAGUUCUCAAAAUGCCAACAAGAUCAAGAUCUACCAGGCUUGUUUCCAACAGAUACAGGACACAUUACAUUAUUUUAUUUCUUAUUAUUUUGAUAUUCCUUCUGGUAACAGCUUUUGUUCAGUUUUGGCCAAACACACUCACAGGCAAAGCAAGAGAAAGAAGAGACUUAAAUAGUCUUCACAAACUAGAAAGAAAUGCUCAAUCUGUGGUAAUUAAAUCAAAUGCCCCUCUGGCAAAAGAAAGAGACAGCGACUGCAUAUAUCACACCUGUUUUGACGUCUAUGGAUGUGGAGACAAUGAUGGAGACCACAGAAUCAAAGUGUAUAUUUCUCCUCUCACAAAAUAUGUUGAUGAAAAUGGAAUAUCAAUAACACUGCCUCUGUCACAAGAGUACUUUGAGAUUCUUGAAGCAAUAGUCGAGAGCGAAUACUUUACUUCUAGUCCCAAUGAUGCUUGCUUGAUUGUACCACCUAUUGAUUUAUUGAAUCAGAACAAACUAAGAGUGGAUGAAACAUCCCAAGUUUUAGCAUCAUUGCCAAGAUGGAAUGAGGGUAUCAACCAUUUACUGUUCAACAUGCUGCCAGGAAGUGUUCCCGAUUUUAAUACAGUAUUAGAUGUUAAACAUGACAAGGCAAUCAUUGCUGGGGGAGGUUUUUCUUCUUUUACAUACAGAAGAACAUAUGAUGUUUCAGUCCCAGUUUAUAACCCAUUGGUGUCUGAUAAAAAGAUGCCAAAGAAGUCAUAUCUGGAAAACAGAAGAUGGCUGGCAAUCUCUGCCCAAGCUGGAAUCAUACCAGACUAUCGUAAACAAUUAUCAGACAUGUCCAGACAGUAUCCCAGUGAUUUCAAGGUGCUUGAUAAGUGUAAAGUGUUUGAUGAUGGGACAUACAACCAUACUGUAAGAUGUGAUGGAGAAAAGGAAUAUUCAUACCCUGAAAUUUUACAGGAAGCCACAUUCUGCACUGUGGUCCAUGGUGCUAGACUAGGCCAGACUGCACUUAGUGAUGCCUUGAUGGCAGGGUGUAUCCCUGUAGUCUUUGCAGAUACUUUUGUUUUGCCUUUUUCUGAAGUCUUGGACUGGAAAAGGGCGGCCUUGGUGCUACGAGAAGAGCAACUGCCAAAAAUGAUGUCCAUUUUGAAAAACGUAUCUUCUGAACGGAUUCGUAACAUGAGGAGACAGGUGCAGUUCCUGUGGCAGAAUUAUUUCAGUUCCAUGAAGGUGAUAGUUCUGACCAGUCUGCAGAUUAUCAACGACAGAGUGUUCCCAUAUGCAUCUAGAAAGUAUGAUGAAUGGAAUGAGUUGCCUGAAAAUAGAGGAUUGACUAGCCCACUCUUUUUCCCCAUGAUGCCUUCAAAAGCACAGGGAUUCACAGCUGUCAUCCUAACAUAUGACAGAGUUGAUUCUUUGUUUCAAGUUAUCAGACAAGUUGCCCAGUCACCAAGUUUAGCUAAAGUUCUUGUCAUAUGGAACAAUCAGAAAAAAUCACCACCAUCUGCUUCUAGUUGGCCUAAGAUUGGUCCUCCAUUGAAAGUAAUUCAAACCACACAGAACUUGCUCAGCAACAGGUUUUAUCCACACGAAGAGAUUCAAACUGAAGCCAUCUUAGCACUGGAUGAUGACAUAGUCAUGUUGACAUCAGAUGAAUUGGAGUUUGGUUAUGAGGUAUGGAGGGAGUUUCCAGAUCGUCUUAUCGGCUUCCCAUCUAGACUGCAUCUGUGGGAUAAUACGACUGAGAAAUGGCGUUAUGAGUCUGAGUGGACCAAUGAAAUAUCAAUGGUUCUUACUGGUGCUGCAUUUUAUCACAAGUAUUACAGUUUUCUGUAUACACAAAAAAUGCCAGGAAACAUAAAGAAAUGGGUGGAUGACAAUGUCAACUGUGAAGACAUUGCUAUGAAUUUUCUAAUUGCAAAUAUGACUGGAAAAGCACCCAUUAAAGUUACUCCACGCAAGAAAUUCAAGUGUCCAGAGUGCAUAAAUCAAGAAAUGUUGUCAGCAGAUGCAGCACAUAUGGUAGAACGUUCAGAAUGCAUCAAUAAAUUUGUGGAAGUGUAUGGAACAAUGCCGUUAAAAACUGCAGAGUUUCGAGCUGACCCAGUGCUUUACAAAGAUAAUAUGCCAAGUCAGCUAAUGCAAUUUGCUGACGUAGGAAGCUUGUGAUGAUCUAGCUGAGUUUUGUGAGGCUGGUUCCUGUGCAGGAAAUUGAUUAAUUAUAGAGUAAAGAUCUAAAGGUGCAACCUGAAAAAGGCUCAGAUCCAUUUAGAUAAGAUUUUAGGUUAAAUCCUAUCACCCAAACCAUAUUGUAUUAUUCAGUGUGCUGCUCAAAGACAAAAAAUAACCUUUUAAAGCAACAUUAUAGCAAAAGUAUGUUUUUGAACAAUUCCAUUCAAUUUAUCUGGUAUUGUUACAUAAAGGAUCAUGAAAAAGAACCCAGUAUGGUUACAUUUUAAAUGUCGGUGCAAAUAGAGAAAAAAAAUUCUUAGAUUUUAUGUGGACCAAGUUCCCAAUACAGUGUCAAGUUUUCCAGUGUACGUAAACUUUAUUUAUUUUUUGUAUUCCAUUUUUUAUCAUUCAGAUUUUUUGCAAGUGUAUAACAAGAAUUCACGUAAGAAUCUCCUGCAUAAAGUGUAACACAAUCUACAAGCAUUUUGAAAUUCGACAACUUAGAAAACUCCCACUUGAAAAGCUUUUAAAUGUGCAAAUUUUUUUGUGUUUAAGAAUGCUUUAUUUUAUCAUUCUUCUAACUAAUUAUGUUAUAUUCUUCAAAUAAUAAAGAAUUGAACAUUGAA